GAGAAAGAGAGCGGCUUGUCCAUUUGCUGCCUGGACCGAGCCAUCCGCGCAGCAGCUCCACCGCGAGGAGGGGGAACAGCUCUGCUCGCUCGCUCGCUCUGUGCCCGCCUGCCAGCAGCCUCAUUAGGCGCACGGCAGCUCCGCCGCAAGGACCCAGGCAAGUUCCCAGCUGGCCCAGACCACCCCAGGCGGCAGCCAGCAGCACCACCGCCCCUCGCUCAGCACAAAAGCCGAGCUGCUCUUAGAUCUUGCGGAGCAGAGCGACUGAACUCCUUCCAUUCCCGGCUGGAGGGAGGCGUCGGAGCGGCAUCCUUUCCCCCUUCGCCUGGGAGGGGGCGCUGCAAAGUGCACUUGGAGAAGAUCAAUGCAGCCGUGCAGUUCCUGAGAGCGCCAGCCGCCUUGGAAGCAAACGGAGCAGAUCUUCAUUUCCACUUUUUCCCCCACCACGGUCUGAACCCGCUCAAAUCUCUCUCCCCCCUCAUCAUCUGUUCCAGAUUCAAUGAAGAAGCACCCCGUAGACUCCGAUGGGCGGCUAAAGACCAACGGGAGUUGAGCCAGUGCUGCCUAGGCAGGUGGGCUGAAUCCGCCUCGUCCGCGCGCGCUUCUGGGUCUCUACCUCUCUUUCGAUUUCUGGGGAGAGUAGAGACCUGGGAGGCGCCCCAAGCGCGGCUCUUCGCGACCCAGGCCGGCAGGAGCAGACGGGAACCACCCCCCCUUCCAGUCGAGCCCUUGGUCUUGUUGGCGUUUGGCAGCCGCAAGUGAGAGGAGGGGGAUCUGGAGACCCUUCGGAGGAUGGGGCGACCUGACUGAGGAGCGGACUGUCGUCUCCCCACCCAAGACCCAAGCGCCUGCUUUGGAGGGAGCGCGGAGAACUAUCUUAUCUCGUGCACGUUUGAACUCCAGAGAGCCUUGCCAAGACUUCUUCCCUGCCGUCGAAGAAGUUCGGAGAGGCGAUGGGAUUAUUGCGAGGGGGAAAGAUGCCUUUAGCCCGUUGGGCGUUAAGUGUCGUCGUCCUAUGCGAGGGAUAUUCCAGAAGGAAGCACUUAAUUUGAACUGCAUUGCAAUGAGUAGAAAGCUAGCCUUCUGGCAUCCAAUGCUUCCUAAUUAUUUGCCCUGGGGAGAAGAGCGGAUGGCAGCGGAAGUGGAAGCAGAGGCUCUGGAGAGAAAGGAAAGAUGGGAAUGCUCCAAAUUAAAUAAACCAUACCGAGAAGGAAUUGGAGUUGCCUUUGGCCUCUACUUUCCCCGGAGGGAAUAUCAUGAGAACGUCUACCUUGACCAACCCAGCGGAACCCCCCUGCUGCAGAUCCAUGCCUUGAAAGAUUCGGAAGAGGAGAAUACAUAUUUUUGGCUGUGCCCACAACUCCACAUCCCACGAGCUGGAAGUAAAGACAAUCUCUGGUUUCAAAUCCAAGAGAAAACUGGACUUCUUUUCCUCAAUAAGAGUCUAGAUAGGGAGGACUUCGAUAUGCUGUUUCCAGGAAUUUCGGUAUCAAAGCUGAUCCUCCAAGUUUUCGUCUCACCCCAACUUUUCCAAGGGAAGGAGUGCCAUGAAUCUUAUACCAAAGUAUUGGUGAAGCUUUCUGUUAUCAAUUCCACCAUGCCAGCUUGCAGUUAUGGGAUGCCAAGCCAGUUGUGUUUUUCCAAUAUGGACCUUUCUUUUCACAUCAAGGAGAACAAACCACCAGGGAUAUUCCAUCAGCUCCAGUCAUAUCCUCUGCAAAACCAGUGCCAGAAUGCAAGCAUUUCCUAUGAGGUGAUAGCAGAUAAAGGUGUGCCAUUUCUUUACAACAUGGACACGGCGAGUAUCAGCGUGGCACAGCCUCUGGAUCGAGAGGAGCGAGAGAAGUAUGAGCUGAUUGCCAAAUGUACUGUGACAGAAGGUUCCAGGGAAACUUUUAAGGAGGUGCCAUUUCUUGUAGCUGUCUUUGAUGAAGAUGACAUGCCCCCCUUCUUGCCUAAUGACACAAACACAGCAGAUGCAGUUGUGGAGUUCAGCAGGAAAAAGGGCACUGUCAUUGCAGAAUUAACUGUCUACGAUGCGGACACCACCCCUAUUUUCCCUAUAGAGAGUAGCAGGAAGAAGUACACUGGCACCAUAAGUACAUCUGAUCCAUGGAUCAAGGAGACAUUUCAAGUGGAGCACAACUUCCAUGAGAUCUUGUUCAACCCAAAUGGCAGCCAAGUGAGGGGAACACGACACGAAUACAGACUGGUGUUAGGCAAGAGCAUUUCAGUUACUGAAAGCAGUUCCCACCAGGUGGACGUUAUUGUGAACGACACAGAAUACCAGGGGCCGAACAAAUCCCUGAUGCUCCACUUCAAUGUCACCAUUCUUCCAAUCAGCAUCCAGUUUUCAAACGUGACAUAUCAGUUCACAGUGAACAGAAAUGCUGCCAACUUUUCACAAAUAGGAAAAAUCUGCAUUGACAACUGCAUGAGGUUUUAUGGCGUCAACGUCACCUAUAGCUUACAGACCCCCAAUGUCAGCUGCUAUGCUGUGGAGAUUGCUCAGGGCCCUGAAGACCAGUAUGGGACCCUCUACGUGAAUGAUUCUGCUGUGCUACAGAGACCUGACUGUAAAGAAAUCCAGUAUGCUGUACUAGCUAAAGAAGAGCAGAGCAGGAAGGAAGCGCUCACCCAUGUUACCAUUGUCCUUGAUGGAUCACCUAUACAUACCGAUGAUGGUUGCCCAGACUCAUGUUCGAUGAGCAAGACCCGAUCAGAAUGUGAAGAGUGUGGUGGCCUUGGAGCGCUAAUGGGAAAAUGCCAAUGGAGACAGGGAAGUGGUAAAGGAAUAACAACAAACUAUUCCACCUGCAGUCCAAGCAUCAAGACCUGCCCUGAUGCUAUCUGUGACGCUGUUGAGAGCAGAGAUAAAAAAAUAUGCCCUCAAGAUUGCACAAGGACCAACGUUGUUGGUGGCCACCAGAAAGGCCUGAAUGGACUGGGAAUCAAGGCAGGACAUGGUGUUUGUCACUGCUUUCCAGGAACUAGCUGUUACUGCGAGAAAGAUGAUAUCAGAGAGCCAUUGUGUGAUUACAUGUGCAAAACUGUGAUUGCAGGAGGAGUCCUGCUAUCCUUCAUUAUUUCGGUACUCCUUUCUUCCUACUUCAUCCAUCGCUAUCACAAGAAUUCUCCAAAGCCACCUAUUGCUUCUGCAGAGAUGACCUUCCGCCGCCCUGCCCAGUCAUACCCCAUAAGCUACUCAUCGACAAAUGUCCGUCGACCGUCAAUGGACUCUGAGAACCAGAUGUCAGUAGACACGUUUAAAAUACCUGAAGAUCCAAAGUGGGAAUUUCCUCGGAAGAACCUGGUGCUUGGCAAAACGCUUGGAGAAGGAGAAUUCGGGAAAGUCGUCAAGGCAACUGCUUUCAGGCUUAAGGGGAAGGCUGGCUAUACUACUGUUGCAGUCAAGAUGCUAAAAGAAAACGCUUCCCAAAGCGAGCUGAGAGAUUUGCAUUCAGAGUUCAAUCUUUUGAAACAGGUCAACCAUCCACAUGUCAUUAAACUCUAUGGAGCUUGCAGCCAAGAUGGGCCUUUGUACUUAAUAGUCGAAUAUGCUAAAUAUGGCUCCUUGAGGAGUUUUCUGAGGGAAAGCCGGAAAGUUGGGCCCAGCUAUAUGGGGAGUGAUGCCAACAGGAAUUCCAGCUACCUGGACAAUCCGGACGAGCGAGCCUUAACCAUGGGUGACCUGAUCUCGUUUGCAUGGCAGAUAUCUCGUGGAAUGCAGUACCUUGCUGAAAUGAAGCUUGUACAUCGUGAUUUAGCAGCCAGAAAUGUCUUAGUAGCCGAAGGGCGUAAGAUGAAGAUUUCUGACUUCGGUUUGUCACGAGAUGUUUAUGAGGAGGACUCUUACGUCAAGAGGAGCAAGGGUCGGAUACCUGUGAAGUGGAUGGCAAUUGAAUCUCUCUUUGAUCACAUCUACACAACACAAAGUGAUGUAUGGUCAUUUGGAGUUCUGCUUUGGGAGAUAGUCACUCUGGGAGGUAACCCUUAUCCAGGUAUUGCGCCUGAGAGACUAUUUAACCUCUUAAAAACAGGCUAUAGAAUGGAGAAGCCAGAAAACUGCAGUGAAGAAAUGUACAAUCUGAUGCUUCGCUGCUGGAAACAAGAACCAGAUAAGAGGCCGACAUUUGCUGAGAUCAGCAAAGAAUUAGAGAAAAUGAUGGUAAAGAGCAGGGACUACUUAGACCUUGCAGCUUCCACCCCAUCCGACUCCUUGCUAUAUGAUGAUGGACUCUCAGAAGAGGAGACACCCCUCGUGGAUUGUAAUAAUGCUCCCCUCCCUCGAACCCUCCCUUCCACAUGGAUUGAAAACAAACUCUAUGGCAUGUCAUACCCGAACUGGCCUGAGGAGAGCCCCGUUCCACUCACAAGAUGCGAUGGCCCUAAGUCUGUGUUUUCAAGAUAUGCAAAUGAUAGUGUAUAUGCUAACUGGAUGGUUUCACCCUCAGCGGCAAAAUUUAUGGACAAGUUUGAUAGUUAACAGUUUCUUGGUUAAAAAAAAAAAAGGUAAUGGACUCAGGAGGGGAGCAAAUGUCCAAAGAACGGCCUUCCCUUUGGCUCAUUCUUUGCAUAGUAACAACUGGUUGAAGCUACAGGAACAUCUAGAAUGGGAAAUGUUCCUCUUACUUUUGGGUAGUACCUAAAGUGUCUUCUCUCUCGUGUGAUGAAUACUAUAAUUGACUCCCUGCCCCCUUUUAAAGUUGUAUCAAACUGGGUCACAUGAUAGUUUCAAUUCCUCCGUUGGUUUUUGCCAUUCUCCAAGCAGUCCAUUUUGGUAGCUGUGUUUUUACGCAGUAGGACCUUCCUACUUAACAAUGUUCAGGGCAAAGACCCAGUUCUGGAAUGGAUAUGAAGAGGGUGGGGGCAGGGGAGGACCACUGUUGUUUCACUAUAUAAACUGCUAUCUCUAUGGUCAUUGCUAAGAAAAAGCAAACUGAUCCAAGCAUGAAGCACAAAUUAUAUGAUGGGAACAAUUUUCUCUUUAAAAAAAUUCCUGAGUUUGCUGUAGCGUUACGUGUUACCAUGUUGUUGGCAGUAACAAAUCCUGAGUUAAUGGGGUUUUGGGGACCAAGACAUUGAACGAUUCUAGUCAGUGCUGAGAUUCAACUUUUCAAGUCUUGGAACCCUAUAGAAAUAUAUUGUUCCAUCUUAACGGGAAAAGAGGUUUUUGUUGAAAAAUCAGGGUUAAACUAUUCUUAACUUUAGCACAAUGGAAAGUUUUUGAUAUCAAAUAUACUUUAAUAGACUUGACCUACAGAGUGCCCACCUGACACAACUUUUUUCUUUACGUCCAUUUUACUGAUGUCUCAAAAUCUGCUCAGGAUGUUUUGAAAUGAGCUGAAGCCAAGGAACCUGGUUAGCAGUCAUGCCCAGAGGGUUUUUGUCCUUUCGGCUCAAAACUCUCUUAAUUUCUGCAACCCAAUUGCACAACCAUAUGGGACAAUGCAGACACAGCACUGGUUCCCUGUUAAGAAUGGUUGAUACACUGGGAGUCAGGCUUAGAAUUGUGUGCAGCCUCCCUCCCCCUUAAUUGCAUUUACAUGGUUUGGAUCACCAAUGUUCGCCAUGGUUAAUGUUAAACAGGGUUCCCCAUAUCCCAGGAUUUGAAUCCCUCUUCAAACUUCUUUCAGACCAUGGUAAAAAUGGGAAUCCUGGUUAGCCAGUUAACGUUGGUGGUGACAAACUGGUUGUGGUGAAGGAGAAACAGCCUGCAAAAGAAAGCACACCUUCCCAAGGCCAGUUCCUUGUUUUUAACAACAGGUAACAGGGACCUCCUCUUGCAUUAACCCCUGGAGAACUUUUAAUUUUCACACUUAUUUUCUUGUGAAUCAUGUGCAGACAAAACUUUUUAUUCAAUGUAGUCUUUACUCUUUUUUUCUUUUUUCUGUCCAUAUGGCUAAUAUGUCUAAGGGUUUGGGUUUUGUUUUUUUGAGAGUAAAGCUAAUAAUUGAUGUGAUGUUUUAACUUUAGUGUGGUGUUUUGGAAGAUAAUCUGACUCCUGCAGAGGUUAGAUAAAAUGAUUGAUACACACGGCAUUAUGUUACUGUAUUUUGUUAUGAAGUUACAAUGUUAAGGAAGGGGAAUGCUGGAAUGUUAACUCAAUGUGUUUAUCCUUUUUGGAUACUCUUGCAUAAUCAAAAAAUUAUACCAAAGUAUUGCUUCUGUCUCUUGGGUUUCAGCUAUGUAGUUCUGUGUGUCUCUUUUACAUGUCCCAUAUUCCAGAAAUCAAUGAGUCAGAUUGCCAAAAACUGUAACCACUCUUUUAAUGCAAGAGGUCUGAACACCUCAACAGGAUAACAUUGUUUGAAAGUAAGCCUGUUCUCAGACAAAGGGACAGGUUAAAGUUAUUGUUCUGUAAGCUAACUACUACGCUAGACACUGUGUUUACAAUAAAAGAUAACUGCCUACAGAGAUGUGAAACAGCCCUGAUUAUACUGUAACAAGCAAUCAUCUCAAAUAAUAAAAAUGUAAAUGUCA